GCAGAACCCCCCCCUGCCCCACAUACUCUUCCUCCUCCUCCUCCUCUUCACUUUCUCCCCAUCGCAGGGGGGGCAGGAUGUGGAUCCAGGUCCGCACCAUAGACGGCACCGAGACGCAAACCAUCGACGACCUGUCCCGGCUCACCAAGAUCGAGAGCCUGCGGGAGAAGAUCCGCGAGUUGUUCGCCGUCAGUCCCGAUCGGCAGCGCCUCUUUUACCGGGGCAAGCAGUUGGAAGAUGGACAUACUUUGUUUGAUUACAAUGUUGGACUGAAUGAUAUAGUGCAGCUAUUGAUACGAUCAGAGUCUGAUGGUCCUACCACUUCCAUCCAGACUAGUGAUGGAGAGGUCAACCUCUGCUCUAAUGCCAACUGUAAAAAUAAAAUCAAGAAAACCACAAGUAGCGGUUCUACAAACCAGCCGUCUACAUCAGCUCGUUCAUUUCUCAUUGAUCCAGGCAUUGGAUUAUAUAAGGUAAACGAACUGGUGGAUGCUCGUGAUGUCAGCAUUGGUGCUUGGUUUGAAGCUCACAUAGAAAAUGUAACUCGAGCAGCAAAGGGACAUAAGAAUGGCAAGGCUCAAGCAAAGAGUGGCAAUACUUACAAAAGGACUAAUGGAAACUUAAGCCAGGAUCAUUCCAGAGAGAAUACAAAUAAUUUGGACAGUGCACCCUCCACUUCUUAUUCAGACUCUAUGGACACUGAAGAAGCUAUUUAUCAUAUCAAGUAUGAUGAGUAUCCGGAAAAUGGUAUCAUAGAAAUGGGUGCCAAUAAUCUUCGACCACGGGCAAGAACCAUCCUGAAGUGGAAUGAACUCAAUGUAGGUGACGUGGUGAUGGUUAACUACAAUGUAGAGACUCCUGAAGAACGAGGAUUCUGGUUUGAUGCAGAAAUUACCACUUUGAGGGAAAUCUCAAGGACUAACAAAGAAGUUCAUGCCAAAAUUAUGCUGGGAGGACCAGAAGAUAUAAUCAAUGAUUGCAAGAUACUUUUCCCAGAGGAAAUGUAUAAGAUUGAAAAGCCUGGAGCUGCUUAUCCACUUUCAUUUGGUGAUGGAGAAUUCAAAAGAAAGAGUGGUCCUGAAUGCAAGCACUGCAGGGCAGAUCCAGAUAAGGAAUGCCGCUUUUGCUCCUGUUACUUGUGUGGUGGAAAACAGGAUGCCCACAUGCAGCUUUUGUGUGAUGAGUGUAAUAUGGCCUAUCAUAUAUACUGCCUGAAUCCACCUUUAAGCAAGAUACCAGAAGAUGAAGAUUGGUAUUGUCCUUCUUGUAAAAAUGAUUCAAAUGAAGUUGUAAAGGCUGGCGAAAAGCUCAAGCAGAGUAAGAAGAAAGCAAAAAUGCCGUCUGCUAGUACGGAAAGCCAGAGAGACUGGGGCAAGGGUAUGGCUUGUGUUGGUCGCACUAAGGAAUGCACUAUUGUUCCCUCUAACCACUAUGGACCUAUACCUGGUGUCCCUGUGGGAACAACUUGGAAAUUUAGAGUCCAGGUGAGUGAAGCAGGUGUUCAUCGGCCCCACGUUGGUGGCAUUCACGGGCGAAGCAACGAUGGAGCAUACUCUCUGGUGCUGGCUGGAGGAUUUGAAGAUGAAGUAGACCGAGGUGACGAAUUCACUUACACCGGGAGUGGUGGUAGAGAUCUUUCCGGUAAUAAAAGGAUUGGAGAACAUUCAUUUGAUCAAACAUUAACCCAUAUGAACAGGGCAUUGGCCCUAAACUGUGAUGCUCCUCUGGAUGAUAAAAAUGGAGCAGAAUCUAAGAAUUGGAGAGCUGGUAAGCCAGUCCGAGUGGUGCGCAGUUCAAAAGGACGGAGGAUCAGCAAAUAUGCCCCUGAGGAAGGCAACAGAUACGAUGGCAUUUACAAGGUGGUGAAAUACUGGCCAGAAAUCGGAAAAUGUGGAUUCUUGGUUUGGCGCUAUCUUCUGAGAAGAGAUGAUGUUGAGGCUGCACCUUGGACCUCAGAAGGAAUAGACCGGUCAAAGAAAUUGGGCCUAAGCGUCCAGUAUCCAGAAGGUUAUCUGGAAGCCAUGGCUAGUAAAGAGAAGAAAGAUAAAGUCAAAAAGCAUACUGUGAAACAAGAACCAAGCAGACAGAGCAAUGGAAACCAGAAACGGUCGAUUGAUGAUGUAGGUGUGGACGAACCUACAAACACUUCCAAAACCAGGAGGAUGACAGAUGGUGGGAAAGGAGGCGAGGCAUUCCAGCUAACCGCACAGCAGCAGUGGCUAAUCAGAGAAGAUUGUCCAAACCAGAAGUUGUGGGAUGAAGUACUCGCAUCUCUUAAGGAAGGACCAAAUUUUCUAAAGAAACUGGAACAAUCCUUUAUGUGUGUCUGCUGCCAGGAGCUGGUUUACCAGCCAGUGACAACAGAGUGCCUCCACAACGUUUGUAAGAGUUGCUUACAGCGUUCCUUUCGUGCUGAAGUCUUCACCUGUCCUGCUUGCCGUUACGACCUUGGAAAGGGCUACACAAUGGUUCCCAAUAAGAUUCUGCAGACACUACUCGACCAGUUCUUCCCUGGCUACAGCAAAGGACGAUGAUAUGUUCAGCUUUUACCAUACUUCUCCCAGAGACUUUUGAGACAGUAAAGGAGAGCGAAACAUGGGAAAAUGCAACAGUGGACCAACAGGCGUGAUGGGACUCAGCGUAUAUUGUCACAUUCUGAAGCAGCUAACCCUCUUCCCCACGGAGCCAUCUCUCUUUGUGUAGUGAGAAAUCCAUUUAUCAACUGUCUUUCAACAUCAAAAGGUAGUUUCUGCCAGUUGACAACUAGUUUUAAUAGAGGAGUGAAAAUUUGAAGCCUCAGCCUUGACUGGUCAACCUAGCUGAUGCUCAAGUUGUGGUUUGUUUUGUUUAAUUUUGCUUUUAUAACUACCUCAGGACAGAGGAAAAGAAUUUGUGGGGAUUUUUGAAAAAUAAAUUGGUCAGUUGAAAUUUAGCUACACACUGCCGCCCAAAUAUAUUUGUGCCUGGUCCAUGCAAUUUGAUUUUAGUGAGGGGAAAAAACAAAACAAAACAGCACUUAAGCCAGUUUGAUUAAAGAACAGCAGAUUCUGUGGUGUGCAUAAUCCUUUCUUUUCGUCCUUUCUCCCAUUAUGCUGUAUUUUUUUUUUUUGCAAGAACAGGCUGAUUUUAAGUCUAUUUUUGUGAGCUUCAUUGUGCUUUUUCUUGUAUCUUAUGCAAGUUGACUACUAAUGACUAAUGAGAACAAUAUGAAUGCAUUGUUGCUACAUUAGUGUAAAGUGAUCUGUGUUUUUUGCACUUAAGAGGUAUUCAAGACACUCUAGUUGUGUAAAAAAUAUUUCAUAUGGAACAAGCCACUUUUGUAUUAGUUAAAACUGUAUGCUUUUAGUAGGUCUUGUAUCAGUGGCAAACAUCUACACAGCAUUGAAGGCAGUGCUAGCUUGGAGAGGGUUGAAAUCGCUUCAUAUUGUGAUCUUAAAUUUUAUAUACAGUAUAUUCCCCCAAAAUAUACCUUAUUAAAUAUUUUAUGAUUCAGAAAAAAAAUUUGCUAAUUAUUUUUGUUGCCUUGUAUUGUUGUACAACCUUGUUGACAUCAAGAAUUUUAACAAAGGAGUCCGUUUUUCUCCGUGUGGAAUUUUUAUAGAAUAAUAGCCAUUUCAUCUAAAAUUUCAUUUCAGAUAUUGGUGACGAGAGCUAGAGAUAAGCAUCGUGUAUACUGGCAGAUGGUUAAGUUUGAAACCAGACCUCUCCCAUCCCCUGCUUACUGGGUUUCUGAUUGCUUUUACUAGCCUUGUUCAGCUCAAAGUCUGAAAUGGCCAAUACCCACCCCUAGCCCAAGCCCUCUGCAAAGUACUAUACACUGGGGCUGUGUGUCGUUUCUCUUUGCUAGCAAAAAUUCCAGUGGCUAAAAACUUUGCUCGUAGAAAAGUAAACCCACCCAAGAGAGUAGAAACAAGUGAUACUUCAAUACAUGUGGUAAAAAAAUGAACUAAGGGUAAAAGCAGAACUACUUUCAGCCCGACUAUCCCCCUGUCACAUCUCUCCCGCCUUAAGUCAUGCUCACAAAUUACAUCAGUAUUGCUCUGGUCUAACAAUGUAAUAUCUCAGUGAGCUUUUCUGCUCUAGCUGAGAAUUUGUAGGACAUGAUAGUCCCGUUUGACUCGAGCUUAAACUCGGAUAUUUUAACUAUCCUGUGAACCGUCUGAUAUCUUUUGUGUGCAGUAAACAUUACCACAGGCUGACUGUUAUGAGAGAGAUUUCCUAUUGCUUGAGAUAAAGCCUUUUGUAUCUGCCAAUGGUAGGGGGUGUGGGGUGGGUGCUGUAUUAAAGCUACCAGUAGCUCAAGUUAACCUGAAAGGUUGUGCAACUGGACAAAGUAAAAAUAUUGAUAGUCUUUUGGAUCAUUUCUAGAAAAUUUCAAGUAGCAGCAAGUUGAAGCACCUCAUACCUUACUGGAAAUGCCCAUUUUGGAGCCACGUACCUUAGCAGGUCCUGAUCAUAUGACCAUUAAAAUCAGCUGUUGAAGCUGAGGUAGGAGACUGUUACCACUAUUUCUAUAAACCGAGUCUUCCUGUUUUGUUGAAGCAGACAUAUGAGCAGUAGAUUUUGCGAUUUUAUCUCCAAAUAUGGGAGUUUCCUCUACGUUCUUCUAUAAUUUGUGAGCAGAUUGAUUGCAAUUUCACUUGCUGUGAUUUUAAAAAAAUUUGUUUCCAAUAGCUGUUUGAACUUUUUCCCCAUUUUAAACCCCUUUUUUAUUCCUAAUUACAAGGAGGGAAUGGUGAACCGUGUUUUGCUUCACCAAAUCAAUCUCACCUUAUUAUCUGGUAUCUGGUGUUUGGGGAGUUUGCAGUAGGUGAGUCGCUCCCUGCCCAGAACAUUCAAAACAAUCACAAGAAUUCCCAUUGCUUCCCAAACAGACUUGCCCAGGGGGCAUUGAGGAAUUCUGGCCAGCAGCCCCAAUGUAAAAUUUCAUUGUCUUGUUAGAGACUAAGCAUUGCCGCACAUACAAGAUGAAUUCUAACCCAAUUUGGAGUCUGAGAGGAAGGACAGCACUUUCUCUGGCGUUGAGGACACUGCCACAUAUGCCUUUCUAACCCUGAAGGAAGGGUGUUUUUCAAGCUUCUUUAUACCAGUAGCUCCCACCCUUUCCCUUGCUCAAAGCAUCUCUACUUUCCACGGCAUCUGAGCUGCCUCCCUUCUAAUAGGAGAAAAGUGGCAGCUUGAAAAGUCACUUGGGUUAUAAACAAAGACCCUUAUCUGUCGACCUGACCUCUCUGCUUCCCAUAUGACCAUGUUCCCUCCAGACAAUAGGAGGCAAUUUCAUUAAGUGCUUAAGAUAUGGGUGUUGGAGCUCUCUCUCCAUACACACUUCUCCUGAAAGAAAUAGAUGUACUAUUGUGUUUGAUCACUGUGUUAAAGCCAAUGCUCUGCUUUCUCCAACUUUAACUACCUGGCUUCCACAGGCGGUGAAGAGGAACACACAAGCUUCUGCCACUUCUGCAUGUCAAGAUGUUUGUUUGCCUUUGAUUAGCCAAAUCAAAAGACUAGUGACUUUGGAAACUCCACACCGUCCCCACUUGAUGUGCUGGCAUUAUGGUUGGGAAAAGCUGCUUUAGAUAUCCAUUUGCCUCAGCAUUUCACCAGAUUUCCUGUCUAGUCCCCUUCCUGAGAGCCAUAUCCUUCCAGUGGCGGUUUAGCAGUGCAACAGAGAGCUAGUUGCGGCCAUCAAAUGACCAGCCAACUAGCUACACCUGAAUAGCCUACUCUGAUGGAGCUGGAUUCAAGCUAGGUGAAAUUAAGGCAUUCCCACACCCCCAACCUCCAGGGCAUUGACCAUUUGCCCAUCAAGGGGCUGAGUUUGACUUGCCUCAAUCAGCUCUUUAAAUUGCAUGUUAAACGGUGACUUGGAGGACAUCACGGUUUUCUCUUAAUCCCUCUGGGCAGUUGAACAUCUCUGCUCCAACCUGCUCGUUCGAAUACAUUCUGUAAGCAGUGAUAUUUCACAUUUAAUUCUUUGGUGCCCAGAUCAGGAGAUCUUUCAUAUCAUUAAGAUAAAAGGCACCCCAUCCUAAGUUUUCUUUAACUUUUCUUUUGAGGGAACACACAGGAAAUGAAAAACCAAAAUAACAUAGUCCAAAUUCUAGAAUCAGAGUCCAUUGAGUGGCCAGAUGAAAAUCUUGCCCUGCUGGAUAUCACUGGGGACCUGGAUGGCGGGUUUGCCUGAAUGGAAUCAAAGCAGUGUCCAAGGCCUAUGACGGGGACCUGAAUAGGUGAGGCUCUCAUCCGCUUAAGCUGAGGAUGGACAUCUUGGUUGCUGCUAUUCUAGGAGGCUGCUGCCUGACAGGCUACUUGGAAAUAUAGCCUUUCCUCUGCUUACUUUUUUUAAAAAAUGGUAUUUAAGAGUUUACUAUGUGCCAGGCACUGUACAAAGUGCUGGGA